CAGUCGUACUUUGAACGGAACUGACAUAGAGAUACGGAUUAAUCAGUCGAACGGGACACGAUCGUUUCCGCUGCGAGGCAGCGGGAUCAGUGUAGAGAGAGAAAGAGAAAGAUUGCGCGCGGGGAAAACUUAUAUUGAUCAAACCGUUGGGAUAAUUGGGAAAAGUAGUAAGGCAGAGCGGAAAGUAGGAGCUUUGUGAUUAGUGCUUCGAUUCCCGUUUCAGGCCCUUCCUCCCUCCCUCCCUCAUCCGCGCCCUUACCGUUGCCCCCAUCCGAACUCCCCCCUAAAAUCGUGCAGACAGACAGACCUCGUGGUUCCGAUAGUAGAACGUAGCGCGUCGACGUUAGUGGACGGACAAAAAUGACCUCCGCCUUCGAGCCUUUCGGCAUUUACCGCGUCCGUAUUUUCCUGUUGUUAUUACUUACCGUUUACUUUAUCAGUGAGACCGAUGGCGUCUACAAGAGACGGGAGGAUAAAUCUAAGUGCCCGAAGGUCAAAGCUAUACGCAACUUUGACACGGCUGAGUUCUUGGGAUAUUGGUACAUCGUCCAGUACUAUGCAAGCUCGGAGGAAGCUCUGGAUUACAGAUGCAUGCGAGCCGAGCUGUCCGUCUCUUCGGAGAUCGCCGAAGUGACGAUGAACUUCACCUACAGUUUUGCCGACGAUCCAAUCAACGAACAGCUCGGUGGAAACAUCACCUGGAAAAUACCUUCGCCGGAUUUCCCUGCGCACUGGGUCCACGCCGAAGACACAUACGAAGGGAUAUACAACACAUACGUACUCGAUUCCGACUACAAGUCUUGGGCCUUACUGAUGCAUUGCGCCGAGAAAAGCAAGAGCCCUCGAUACCUAUCCAGCUUCAUUAUGAGCCGGGAUCCUCAACUUGGGGUCAACGUCAUCUCUUAUCUCCGAGAGAAACUACCCAGGUAUGACAUCGACCUGGAGUACAUGUUCCCGAUGUCUCAAGAAAAUUGCACGACUGUGGAUCCAGGAAUCGGACUACUGAUGCCACCUCCGGUACGCGUCGUGUCGAAGAGGCGAAACGGGGGGCGGCGACAUCCGUUGAAGAGGAAACAUCGUCGCUUCUAAUUACCUGUGAACUGCUAUAAUGCCGCAGCCUUGAAUGAGAGAGUUUAAUUAGUAUUAGUUUUUGAAUUUUGCAAAGGUUUGAUUCACAAGUCCUUGACGAUUACACGUAUUAGCGGAAUAACAAAAUUGUCGAGAAGAGAUUUGAUACAUUGCUUCGAAUUCCCCCGUUAAUUGGAACCAAUUAAUAAUCGACCCGUGUUGUUACCCCGGAUUUGCUCAAAUCGUUUGGGCAUUGCUCCCUAGAACUGUACAAUAACAAGCUAUUGUUUUAACAGCUGUUAGUAGAUGCCGGAAUUAUAAUUAGUUAUGGCUAAAUGCGUAUAAAUAAAUCGAGGUAAUAUAUGAAGUGGGAAUAUUGCCGUUUGUAAAUGGAUGUAAUUAUUCACAGAGUGUAAUAAGUCGGAUCUUGUAAUAUGUACUAUAAUAUUCGUAAUUAUUAUAUAGAUAAUAAUAAUGAUAAUAAUAAUAAUAAUCACGAUAAUGAUAAUGAUAAUAAUGAUAAUACCACCUGACAGAAGUGAAAACACUAUAAUUCCAAUUUCCAAAACAGCGUUUCUCUCUGCUUGUAAAAGAUCUGCCUUUUCGUGCCGAUAUCUUCACGACGAUUAUGCAAGUGCAGUCAUAUCGACAAGACUAACUUGAUCAGUGAUCCUUUCUACGCAAAAUAAUUUCAGCAUUAGCAAGAGGAUCUGAAAACUAAUCACACUCAUUGCAAAGGAGAACACAAAUUUUCAUCAUCGAUUGUUUAAAAAAUUAUCAUUGUUACUAUCGUGUCAUAUUUUUUGUCAUUGAAGACGAGUCAUUUUCUUUUAGUAUUGUACUUUAGUUGGUCUUGUCGAAAUUAUAUGCACGAGUAGCGCGUGCGAAUCCGCGUAGAGUAAGGAAAUGAUAUCAGGAAGUAUACAAUUUUAAGGGUAAGAGAUAAACGUAUAUACAUAGAGAGCAGUUAGCGUUAUGUACUGAUUGUAAAUAAAAUUAUGUGAUAUAGCGAAAAGGUGAAGAAAAGAUAGAAAAAUUGUAGACACAGGUAACAGUGCUAGCUGACCAUAAGCAUUAAAUGUGUAAAGCGUAUACAAUCUGAUUUGAAGAAGGUAUAACUUCUCAAGUAAUUGGCGAUAUAUAAUUUUUUUUUUCCUACUCUUCUUUAUCUUCUAUAUAGAUCGUCGUUACAUUAAAAGAGACGUGACGUACGUAUAGUUAAGUAAAAGCGUAUAGGAAUACAGUACCUAAUUAAUACUCUACUUCGCAAUUCACGCAAUUUUUAUAUAUUCCUUUGUAAUGCCUGAUGUAAUUGAUGGGAGUAAGCAUAAAAUAUCGUGCCACAAUUACUACUAUCUACUAUUAUUAUUACUAUCAUCUUUAUACAUUCUUUUUUUCUUUGGAUAAUAUUAAGUUAUUUUUAGUCAAAACAACAAGCUCAAAACCAUUGAUGCAUCGUUUUUACCAACGGAUCGUAGCAUCGAAUUGUCCAUGAACAUGAAUCAUCUGGCAGUGAUGCGUGAAGAGUAAUAUUUCGUAUUCAAUUGUUGAGAUGAUGAAAGGAAGUUCAAGUUAAUACAAGACCGAUUGUUUAACCGUCUAUCUUAUUUAUUUUAUUUGUUUUACGCCAUAUUUUAGUUACGCGAUAACCGUUCCAAACCGCGUUCGUAUUUGAAAAAUAAUAUUUUUCGAACGUGAUUGUCCGUCAAUUCAAAAGAGUGAAAGGUUGAAGUUGCAUUCUUUGUCAAGUAUUAAAAAUAGAAACACAGAGUGGGUGUUAAAAUUCCAACAAAUUUACGUUAUUAGACCCAGUAUUUUCUAAUAUGAUUUUCAAUGCUCAAAUUUUUUCCGGGACGUGUUACACGAGUCUAGUGCUAUAUUGAUUGUAAGACAAGUGUGAGUAGUAGAACGCCGAAAGUGUCGACGAAAAGAGAGAAUUCGUUAGUUUUGAGGCGUGGAAGGCCGUAUAAAUGAAGUUUCCGUUACUCUAAGGAUUCGAGUAAAGGCAGAGAGAUAGUUGAAGGUUAU